AUGGAGAACCGUCGGAAUCUGGCAGUUCGGGGAGCCGGCGAUGCCUUGGGCGCCGUUGGCUUCUCUACAAGGAAGCGAACAUCGGACACUGGGAUUGAGCCGUCGACCAGCCGCCGCCGGACGCGGAAUCCGUCUCCCGAAGGAGAAGACGGGAGCGAUAUCGAGGAGUACGACCCGGAACAGUCGAUGCAGCAGCGCCGAGAGAUCCAGAGGACCCUUCGCGAGAUGCAGAAGGAGAUGCGCGAGAACCCAGACGAGUUUUUGCAAGCAGAUCCCAAGGCACUGCUCGAAUUUCUCGACCAAUCCGACCAGAUCAUCAAGAAUGUCAAGCAGACCGCCGAGGCAGCCAUUGACUCACGUGGUUUGGUGAUUGCUGCCGAUCUUUCGGCACGCAGAGUUCAACGCUUAACGUCUGGCAGCGUCGGAAACGGUGUCGAUGUUGACGAAUUCGUCUCCAAGUGCAUUACGUACAUGCUGCAAGGCCGCGGGAUCGACGACGAUGAGGCCAUCGAAUUGUCAAGCACUCAGAGGAGGAGGAGGCAGCCGAACCGUGGCGCUUUGGGUAGUGACGACGAGGAUGCGGUGGGCGACGACGGCGACAUGAUGAACUGGGCCCACCUGGGUCGGUUCGCUUGCAUACCCGCCGUCCGCAGGCCUGCUCUCCCCGGCUUCCUCUUGGGUCCUCUGUCGAUUGAAAAGAAGUUGCGCAGAAUCACAAAGAGGUCUGCACCGUUCAGGGUUAAUAGCCUUCAGGAGGUCAGGCCAGAGGAGCUCAGGGCAGAAGACCUGAAAAAGUCGGACAAGAACGACCUUCCCUCAAUUUGCAAGAAGAUCCACGUACAGUUGGAGCAGGCCCAGCAGGAAGCUCAGGAUGCGGUUGAAGAAGCGCUUGAUAGUUUCGGCGACAGCGCCGCACCCGAGGAUGAGAGGGCGCUGAUGGACCGCCAUGCGCUGCGGUCCACUGGAGGAAUCGACCUGUUGCGGUUCGUCGUCAACCCGCUCUCGUUCGGGCAGACCGUCGAGAACAUGUUUUACGUCAGCUUCUUGAUCCGAGAAGGGAGCGUCAAACUCGACUUCGACGACGACGGUCUCCCAUCUAUCGAGCCGGUUCGUAAAAAUGCAUCGGCAGAGCCAUCUCGUUCCAAGGCCGCCAUGAGACACCAAGCUAUCAUGUCGAUUGACAUGGCAACAUGGAGAGAUAUUAUCGACGCAUUCGAUAUAAAGCAGCCCAUGAUCCCGCACAGACAGGAGGAAAUGCAACAAGGGCCCGGCGCGUGCGGCUGGUACUCAUAG